CUGAUUAGAACGUUCACGGGUUGCGUUGCGUGCGGUUCUCGGCUAACGGCUCCUCAGUUCUCGUUCUCGUCUCUCCGUUUUUUGGCGCUCGGCAGUCGCUACGGUACGCUACCGUCGAACGCGAUUUCGCGCGUUUCCUUGCCCUCGCAGUGGUUUUAGUGAGUGUGUGAAUGUGAAGUUUUUUUAAACAACAUCUGCCAUUGAGCAGUGGCCCUACCACAUAUGCCUAUAUGUUUAAAUAUAUUUACUAAUACAUAUUUUCAACUGAGAAACAUACAAAACGGAGGAGUAUCAGCAAGCAAUUAGUUUCCUCACUCGAUUUCCGCACAGAGGCGGCAACAAGUGUUCUUCGGGGUCCUUGCCGGAACUAGAGACUUGCGCCUGAGACUGGUUCUAGGUGUGAGUCUGGGGGGACUGGGGCCAUCGGGGCGUGCAGCUGGCGGCUGUGAAGUGAAGUCCCACUCGUUCACGCCAUGCUAAAGCAGAAUGCGGAAAUUGCAAGAACGGAAAAUGGCGCAACGAAUGCAACGAAUCUUAUUGUGAAAAGCAGCGGAAAUGCAACCCAGCCAAAGACGAUGACGACGACAACAGCUAGAACAUCAUCGGCUGCUAAGAUGGCCGAGGCUUUGUCGGCCUCCCUGGCCGACUUGAGCGAACAAGAGAAUGGAACGACGGCUGAGGAUAUCCACCUGAAUGAUCUAUACACCCGAUACCGCCAGAGGCUGCGCAAGUCGCUCUUUACAUCGGGCCUGCUGACGUCUUUGCUGGCAUGUGUGGUGUCGAUAAUAAUUGGCAUCGUUUACGAGCAGCAUCUGGUGCAGACGCUGCUGCUGGCACUGGCGGCCAUUAUCUCUGGCUCCAUACUCACGGCGCUGCAGUUUCCGGCCGUGCUCAGCUCUCCGGCCGCAGCCUUGGCCUUUGCCAUCGUCACCACCUUCUCGCUGGGCACCAUCGCAGCCAUAACCGGCGAUGAGCUCGCACCGCUGCCCAUGUAUGCAUUGUUUCUGUGCAUCCACUCCAUGCUGCCCAUAUCGUGGCCCGUAUCCGUGGUGUUGGCCCUAUUCAUGACCGCCAUUCACAUCGUUUACCGGAUCGGCACCAGUCCGGACUAUGCACCCAAUUUGCCAAUGCUCUUUGGCGAGAUUGUGAUGCUGGCCAGUGCCUCUAUAUCCGGUCUUUACUAUCGCAUCAUGUCGGAUGCCGCACACAAUCGCACGGUGGACGGCACACGGACGGGCAUCGAGCAGCGCGUAAAACUUGAAUGCGAACGGGAGCAGCAGGAGCAGUUGCUGCUCAGCGUGAUACCCGCCUACAUAGCCGCCGAGGUGAAGCGCAGCAUAAUGCUGAAAAUGGCCGAUGCCUGCCAGCGAGCCGGCGGACAGGCCUCCACUUCGGCCACACGCUUCCAUGAGCUGCACGUUCAGCGGCACACCAAUGUCACCAUACUGUUUGCGGAUAUUGUCAACUUUACGCCGCUCUCCAGUUCGCUGACGGCCAGUGAUUUGGUCAAGACACUCAACGAUCUCUUUGGACGCUUUGAUCAGAUUGCUCAGGAGAACCAAUGUCUACGCAUCAAGAUUCUGGGCGAUUGCUAUUACUGCGUGUCGGGUCUGCCCGUUUCCCGUCCGCAGCAUGCCACCAAUUGUGUCAACAUGGGCCUGCAGAUGAUCGAUGCCAUCAGACACGUGCGUGAGGCGACCGGCAUAAAUGUCGACAUGCGAAUUGGCAUCCACACUGGCAACGUACUCUGCGGCGUCCUUGGCCUACGCAAGUGGCAAUUUGAUGUUUGGAGCGAUGAUGUUACCCUGGCUAACCACAUGGAGAGCGGCGGCGUUGCUGGACGCGUACACAUUACGAAGCAAACGCUGGACUUUGUGGGCGACAAGUUUGAGGUGGAGCAAGGGGAGGGCGGCAAUCGGGAUCCCUAUUUGGCGGAUCACAAGAUUGAGACGUAUCUGAUUGUGCCACCCAGGCCGGCCUACAUGUACAGCGUGCCACGUGUGGUGGAGUGCAUUGAGCACAGUGAUCCAAGUCCCACGGAGGAGGGCAAGGACGCUGUGGAUGCACCGGAAUCGGUUCAUUUGCAGUCCCAUGAGGGAAGCGAUGCCGCCACUGAGAAGCUGCUGCCCACAUUUGUGGAGCAGCCUCCACCGCUGCCCGAUGAGAAGAUGUCACCCACUUCGGUCAAUAGCCAGGAGGUGGCACACCAUGCCCCACUCGUCUCGGCUGCCUCCAUGUCCAUCAAGGAGCUGUCCGAGGAGGAGGAGGAGCCGGAUGCCGAUGAAGCAGCCGCUGCGACCGAGCCAUUGAUGGCCAAGGAUCAGGACAAAGAGGAGCCCAAACCAAAUGGCGCACAUCGUGGCAGUGGCGACUCGGCUGCCUCCGAAUCGGCAGCAAAAUCCGCUGCCCUGUCCCUGCCCGCCGAGGAUCUGCUGAGCAUGAGUGGCAGCGAGAGCGGCAUCUCCAACAGCGGCACCCAAGCGGCAUCCACCAAUCCGACCAGUGUCACACCCACAACACCAGCACCAGCGGGCGGGGCUUCAUCUGGCUCCAACAGCCUCACGGUGGCCGAGGCACCUGAACGCUCGCGUAGAAAGUUGUCCGUUCAAGGUCUGAUGUCCUUUGCCGACAGACGCCGCUCUUCGGGCGCCUUCAUCGAGGGACGCAAGUUGUCCAUCCACAGCGGCGAAAGUUUCCGCAGUCAUGCGGGUCAUGUCACCCGCAAUCGGCCCUCAUCGAAGAUGACAAAAUAUGUGGAAUGCUGGGGCGCAGACAGACCCUUUGCGAAUAUUGCCGAAUCGAAGCUGGUGAAAAAUAUUGGACUAGCGAGCAUCGCCAUGAUUGAAUCAAAUUUACUUCCACCAGAGCGUAAAUGUUUCAAUUUUAAUUUCUUUGGACCGCCCACGGAGCUGAAGCCAUUCACCAUGUGGUACCGCAACACGCCCCGGGAGGCCAUGUACCGUGCCCAGCCGGAUACGCACUUCCGCUUCGACCUGAUAUGCGCCUUCGUGCUCUUCCUCUCGCUGGCCAUCGUUCAGUUGAUUGUAAUCGAAUUAAACCUGGCCCUGCUCGGCUCCCUGCUGGCCAGCUUUAUAUCCCUGGGCCUUUUCCUCUAUCUGAGCAACAUGUCCGUGCCGGAUGUGCAUGCCUCUGCCACGGAGCGCAACGGUCCUGGCCAAGUGGUGGCCAGCAGCCGCUACCUGCGGCUGGCCAUGUUCAUCAUUGUGAACAUUCUCAUCUCCUCCUGUGCCGUAUUUAGUGUGAUUAACUUUACGUUACCCGAGGAGUUCCGCAGUGAUGCUCUAAAUGGCAACCUUUCGGCCGUCAAUUUCACGAGUGACUUCUCAAAUUUCACUCUGGCCGAGGACAGUCUGCCGCCGCUGGACAUUGCCCAUGCCAUAACCACGGCACCCAUUUUUCUGUACUGCUGUGCCAUCAGUUUGGCUGGCAUUUCGGCAUUUCUACGUUCGGGCUUUAUUCUGAAACUGAUUGCCAUGCUGGUGGCAUUGAUUGGGCAGGUCACAGUGCUGGGUUAUAGUGAUCUCUAUAUGCAAUACAAUCGGCAGAACAUCGAAUAUGGCCUACCCUUGGAGGUCAAGGGAUUCCUGCUCUUGAUGGUGGUCAUCCUCGUGUUGCACACUCUGGAUCGCCAGGGCGAAUAUGUGGCACGCACGGAUUUCCUGUGGAAAGCUAAGCUCAAGGUGGAACAGGAGGAGGUGGAAACCAUGCGGGGCAUCAACAAGAUUCUGUUGGAGAACAUUCUGCCGGCUCACGUGGCAACACAUUUCCUGCACUUGGAACGGUCCACAGAGCUCUACCAUGAGAGCUACUCGUGCGUGGCCGUCAUGUUUGCCUCCAUACCAAACUACAAGGAGUUCUACGACGAAACGGAUGUCAACAAACAGGGACUGGAGUGUUUGCGUCUCCUCAACGAAAUUAUAUGUGAUUUCGAUAAGUUAUUGUUGAAACCAAAGUUCAGUGGCAUCGAGAAGAUUAAAACGAUUGCCAGCACCUACAUGUGUGCCUCGGGUCUGAGGCCAGGCAAGGAGGAUGGCGCCACGUCACGUAGCUUUGCGGAUGAAAAGCGCACCGAGGAGCACAACGUUGUCAUAUUGGUUGAGUUUGCGAUUGCUUUGAUGUCCAUAUUGGAUUCGAUUAAUCGCGAAUCGUUUCAACGUUUCCGUCUCCGCAUCGGACUCAAUCAUGGCCCGGUCAUUGCGGGCGUGAUUGGUGCACAGAAGCCACAAUAUGAUAUUUGGAGUAAUACAGUUAACGUUGCCUCACGCAUGGACUCGUGCGGCGUUAUGGGACGCCUACAGACAACGGAGAACACAGCAAAGAUACUGAUGGCAGCUGGCUAUGAGUGCGAGUGCCGAGGCCUCACCUAUGUGAAGGGCAAGGGAAAUCUAGUCACAUAUUUUGUAAAGACACCAUUCGAUGGGAAAUUGUAAAGUCAUCCUCAGCCCAAAACAUUUUGAUACUAUAUAAUGGAUAUAUAUUUAAACUUAGCUUCACUUCCAGGCAUCUUCUUAUUUAUUUGUUUAGUUUUUAAUAAAUUUGCAAAGCAUUUAAAAUACGCACACACAAACACACACGCGCACACACACAUGUUAAGUAUUUGUUAGCAAAAAUUUGUUUUUAGUUAGUUGAUAGAUUUAAAUUGUUAUUAAAUAUUUUUCUUACGAUUUAUGCAUAGCGAUCACUUAAACAGCGAAUAAUUAUAUGGUACGAUUCGAAUUAAAAUGUAUGCUAGACAAACAAAAUGCAAACUAGGCGCAGACAGAGCCCGAGCCCCAUGAAAUUAUACCCUAAUAAAUAUAUAGCAAAAUAUAUCCCUAUAGUAGAUACAUUUACCAAGAGGCGCUCCACCAAUUCUACCCUUAAUUUCCCCCUUUCCCGCUAUACAUAAUUUGAUAUAAAUCAAUUUAAUUAUUUAUGUUUAUGUGCCAUGUUCAUAUUACUUUCGAGCGACACUAGUUAAAUUCUUUGAAAGAAACAAACUCUAACUAAAACUCUAUAUAUUUUUUUACUAAAGCUAUUUUUUACUAACUAUUCAGCAGCCCCAAAUAAUAAUAUUACUGUCUAAGAUAAAGGCCACCAAAGUGAACUAUUUGUAAGUGAAAAUAUGAGCUCAAUAAAUGCAUCUUGAGUACCUAACAUAUCCCAACAAAAUAAAUACAUACACUAUACCUCCGAUGGAAACUGAA